AUGGAAGAUAAUUUUCUUCAAUCAUUCUCUGAUUUGCCAAACUCUUAUGCAGAAGAUUUACAAAAACUGGCCUUUCAAGAAAAUAUUCAAUAUGCAAUGGGAAAACCUGGAGGUGUACUAAAAGUUUUUUGUCCUUAUCUUGAUGUCAAAGUCAAAAUAGAAACUCAAACUUGUCUUGGAAUCAAACUAUGUGAAUUUGCAGUAUUAGAGCCUCAUAAUACAUCACAUGAAUCAAAAGAAGUGCGUUCAACAUCAAAUUACGAAGUUUCCGAGGAUUUUCCAAAUGUGCCUGUUUUACUUUUAACGGCAACGUGUAGUCAAGCAACUGUUCAAAAAAUAAUGACAAAAGUUGUACCAAAACCAAGCAAGCUUGAAAAACUCUUUGAAAAUAUAUGUAAAUAUUUGGACUCUAUUACCUUAGGACGCUAUCAUGGAUCCUUGAAUGACGCAGCAAAGAACACUAAUUUGGCCAGGUGGAAAAAUGGAUGUAUUAGAAUUAUGUGUGCUACCAAUGCAUUUGGGAUGGAUAUAAACGUUGCUGACAUUCAGAUUAUAAUACAUACUACUUUCCCAAUAUCAUUAGUUAACUUUAUCCAAGAAAUUGGACGCGCCGCCCGAGAUGGUCAAGAAUCAAAAAGCAUUUUAUUUUUUUCCCAGGCUGAUGUUCAAAAUUUGUUAUAUAUUUUGACAGACAAAAGAGCAAGUUCUUAUAAGUUUUCAGAUAAUACACAAUCUCAGCUAUAUGAAGCGCAAACUAAUAAUACAUCGAUUGAACAAUAUCACCUCGCAAAGAGAACAAAUAAAAUUUUAGAAAUGCAGUUUUUGGAAAGAUGUCAUGCCCGUGAAUCUACUACUACCUUUUUCCACGUUAGUAGGAGUGAUGUUGGUGAUGUUUUCAUAAUGACCAAGAAUAAGGAUUUUGUUGCUAAAGGAUUGAUGACUCUCGAAGAAUAUGGAAAACAAAACAAAAAAAGUCCAAUAACCUCAAAAUCUGUUUGUUUAUGCUUAUAUGACCAGUUAGUUUUAAAAGGUCUUGUACAACAAAAUGUAAUAUUAAAACCAAUUCGACCAGGUUCAGCAACUCUAAUACUUACAUAUGAAAUUAUUGGAGUUAAUCCAAAUGCCACUUUGUUGGCUACAGACAAAGAGUGGAAGAUGUUUGCAAAACCAAAUUAA